ACCAGUGGGUGGGGCUUACCCGUGCAGCAGCCUCUCGCCCUCAGCCUCCGUCAUUUCCAAAGCGGGUCGUUUGUUGUCAAAAUGGAGUUUCUACUUGGAAAUCCUUACAGCACGCCUGUGGGCCAGUGUAUAGAGAGAGCCACAGAUGGAGGUCUACAGAGUGAGGACUGGACUCUGAACAUGGAGAUCUGUGACAUCAUAAACGAGACAGACGAGGGGCCAAAAGACGCCAUGCGGGCCCUGAAGAAGAGACUGAGCGGCAACAAGAACUACAGAGAGGUCAUGCUGGUGCUAACGGUGUUGGAGACGUGUGUAAAGAACUGCGGUCACAGGUUUCACAUCCACGUGGCCCACAGAGAUUUCAUUGAUGGCGUCCUGGUCAAAAUCAUCUCUCCCAAAGCCAAUCCUCCCACAAUAGUGCAAGACAAAGUUCUGUCCCUCAUACAAUCCUGGGCUGAUGCCUUCAGGAGCAGUCCUGAUCUGACUGGCGUGGUCCACAUUUAUGAGGAGCUGAAGAGAAAAGGUGUUGAGUUUCCAAUGGCCGACCUGGAUGCUUUGUCUCCCAUCCACACGCCACAGAGGGGCACACCUGAAGUGGACCCAGGGAUGAUGAAGUACCUUGCUCCUAACGCGUCGGCUCCUGGCAAUCCGAAACCCACUCAGCCCACUCCCACCGCCACGCAGGCCUCCAGCAUACCCAGCCCCGUCACUGCCACACCUGAACAGAUCGCCCGGCUGCGGAGUGAGCUGGACAUCGUGAGAGGAAACAUCAAAGUCAUGUCAGAGAUGCUUACGGAGCUGGUCCCCGGCCAGGAAGACGCUUCUGACCUAGAACUGCUCCAGGAGCUGAACAGAACGUGCCGCGCCAUGCAGCAGAGAGUGGUUGAGCUGAUAAGUCGUGUGUCCAACGAGGAAGUGACCGAGGAGCUGCUGCACGUCAACGAUGACCUCAACAAUAUAUUCCUUCGAUAUGAGAGGUAUGAGAGAUACAGAUCGGGCAGGGCUGCACAAAACAACGGGAUGUUAGCGGAGCCUACAGAAGACAACCUCAUAGACCUGGGCCCAGGCUCCCCUGCCGUGGUUACACCCAGGGUUGUGUCCAGCCCUACGUCCAGCUCCGCCCACAGAGCCACAGCCUCCCCUGCCCACAACCCUUCCACAGCCUCCAUAUCUACUGCACUCGCUAGUCUUGAUGUAAGUUCUGACAGUGUUAGCGGUACCCUCACGGCUCUGUCGGGCCACAACAAGGACGACUUUGACAUGUUUGCCCAAACCAGGAGCAGCUCACUGGCGGAGCAACGCAAAAAUGUAAAAUAUGAAGACCCCCAUGCUCUCGGAGGCCUGGCCUCUGCUUUGGAUGUGAGGCAACAAAACACAAGUGGGAUCCCCGUAUCGCAGUCCUCUGUCAUGGAUGAUAUAGAGGAGUGGCUCUGUGCUGACGUGAAAGGAGAUGCUGCUGAGGAGGGAGUGACCAGUGAAGAGUUUGAUAAGUUCCUGGAGGAGCGAGCUAAGGCAGCGGACACUCUGCCGUCUCCCUCUGGAGCUAACCCUCCUCACCCCACUCGUCCUCCCACCGGCUCCCACAAGAAGUCUGAGCGGACGGAGGACGCCCUCUUUGCCUUGUAGACUGUUUGCAGCGAACAUUAGCUUCUCCAGCGGGGAAUCGGAAGGUCAUCGCAAACAAUUCCCCUCCAAAGCAGCUCUUCUAGUUCCGUUUUAUUGCAGACUGGAUGGAAGUGGUGUGGCGAGUGAGCUCCACCUCCUUGCUCCUCCUACCCUUAAACCCAUUGAGGCCAAUGGUGUUUACUGCACACUCUGCCUUUGAGUUUUACUAUGAAUGGAUGUAUAGGGCUGUUAUCGUGGGAUGUAAAACUCGCAGGCCUGCAGCUCAUUUGCAGCAGUCCCACCAAGUGAAGACAACCUAACUCGUCUCAUGUGCUGUAAGAAUGUGGUAUAUUACUGCUAAGACGAAUAGAAACUGCAGGCUCAUGCAUUGAAUUUGUAUGGAAGCAUUCAGUUAGAAUAUUAUUUUACUACAUUCAGCUAAUUGCUAAUUGCAUUUGUUUUUCUAAUGGUUUAAGCUGUACAAUGUACUACAGUGGCAGUUGUGGUUCAUCGAUUAUGUCUUUAAAUCAGCAAAUAUUCCAUUUAAGAAUCCUUAAUAGCAAAAUUUAGUAAUGUGGAUAAAAGUGCUGUGUUGCCCUGCUUGCCAAUAACACUGCAAAACAAGAGGCUGAUUUGUUAUUAAAAAGGAAUAUUCUGGAAAAACACAAUAAACCAAGCAUUCACGGCAUUCUUCUAACCAAAGGGAAAUGUAAUAGUAACAGCAACAAAAGGAAACUCAUUAACACAUUUCAAAGCACUGAAGGGAAGAGAGUUGUCCAUUGAAUAUUUUAUAGAUUCAGAAAAAAUAUAUACAAACAUGAAGUGGGAACAGCAACCAGCUACAAGCACCUUUUAGCCAUUCCAAAGAACGUUGAGGCUUUAAUGACCAACUAAGAUUUUAUUUAUACACAGAGAAUGUAUAAAAUGUUAGGGAUAAACUGUGGAAGUCAGUGCCUGUUUUGGUGAUUGAUUGAAAAACAUGUUGUUUAUUUUAGUAAUUCAAGUGAUGAAACCAUAAAAUCACAAGCAAAGUGAUAUUAAAAUAGGCCAGAUUUCUUUAUACUCUGUGCAGCUCAGCGUCUCCAAAGCUUAUAAAUGGGACGGGUGAAUGUUUUUGACAUUCUCACAAUCUGAAGAAAACAUAGGAUUGGGUUAAUAUAUAUCUUACUGUUAACUCUUCACAAUUUUAGGAAAAAUAAACUUUUACAUAAGAAAAAAAGCUCCUCUGAAUAUGCAAAUGUGAUGACUGAAGAAUUACAUGCCUCUCUGGACAUGUACAAAAAGCUCCAAAUUUCCUUUCCUUUUUUUGACAAAAUUAAAAUCCAGUAUGAAAUAUUAAAUUGAAGUAUGAACAUUUUUGGUCUAUAAUAAAUGAGCAGAUUUCUUUUCAUAUAUAACAUGAACCAUAUGAACGUAUGUUGUCUCGUUUUCUCAUAUUACGACACCGUCCAAGCGUCAACUUGCACAAGCAAAAUAUAUGCUUCAUAUUGUAACAUCACUGCAAAUAUAUAAAGCUUUGAAAUAAUGGGCUCAUUCACAUUUGUUCUCUGAUGGGGGCGGGAGAAGGUGGGACUGUACCUUUUUAGGUGUCCCACAUCUCUCAUCGUCAGUUUAUGCAAGAUUAGUUGCCUGUAUCAAGACAUGGGAAAAAAAGGGACAAUUUUCUAUUUACUUUUGCUAGGGAUUAAUGUCAUUUUAUAAUAAAAAAGUAAAUCGAUCUAAAUUAAAAUUUUUGCCCAAAUAUUGGCUACAAAUGCAUAAAAUCACAGUAUGUGUUUUAAUUGAACUUUUUCUAUUUUAAAAGCAAACAAAAUAACCACUUUUUACCUAAUAUUUCUGAUAAGAUCUAAUUACCAAAACAUGCAUGGACAGUAAAGAGAAUAUACUAUUUUUUAUGAAUUAUAUCUGCACUUUGAUGCAAAAACUAAUAUGUUUUUUUUUUGUCUUUUGUGUUUGUAAAGUUAAUAUUUUUUUAGAGAUGGGAAAGAAUCUUAAAAAUGACUUCACACUGCUUUUGUUUCUUCAUCUCUCCUGUUUUUGUUUGGGUUCAUUCCAGGAUGUCAAGUUUAAGUUUGAUAAAACAGCAAUAUUAGACAUUCGCAUAGAAAAACCGGCAUUAUUUUUAUGAUCAGUAUGAAUAGUGUUGACUUUAAAAUUGCCUACAUGACAACGUAUUGAAACUAGAAUGAUGCAAGCUUUAAAAAUGUGCAUUCUCACUGAUAGAUCUCUGUACAUUUGAUGCUAUAAAAUCUAUAAACAUCAAAAUACUUUCCUGAUUUAAUAUUUAAAAUUUAUUUUAUAUUUUAUUAUUAUAGUUCAUGUAUCAUUCACAACAUUGUUAGGUGCGGUGGGAGGCAGAUGUUUAUUCUAGCAUGACAUUUCUGCCUAUGUUACAGAUGUUUCCAACCACAGUUUACCUUUGGUUUAGAUGGAAAAUAUAAAGCCAACAAAAAAUAAGAAAAUCCCCCCUAUUUUAAUACUCUAUUAUUAAUUUUAUUUAAUUACUAUAACAGCCUAAUAACUAGAAUCAAUAGUUUUCAUUCGGAACCUCUGAUCAUGGGGAAACAACUAUGAUUUGUUAUUUUCACAGUUACUAAAGUCUCAAUAUUUUCUCCAUAGUCCUUGUAAUAUUCAAAUGUAACUUGGUUCAAAUGUAGUAUUGAUCUUUAUUUGGUAUUAAUGCUGUAUCGUUACAACUGUUUUAAUAUGGUUGCCAGGUAACUGAGAUAUUAAUUGUAGUCCUUUUGUUUUUUUGAAAACUCUUACUGUGCAGGUUGUUCAAUGACAGAUUCCAAGAAAGUCAUCAGAGGUGAUUUCAAAUGAAACUUCUGCUAUUUUCAGUAUUUGUGUUUUACAAGUCUUUGGAUAAGUAAUGGUAACAGUGUUUUUGUUACUUUCUUUGAAGAUUGCAAAAGUGUUUCUCACAAAUGUCUUAGCUCUCUAUAUUUGGAUACAGUAUGUCAUUAACUGGAUUAAUACACAAUGUGUGUACUCAAAGUUUGGACAUCUCAGGUGUUCGACGUCUGUGUGGCUGUACCUUACUGUCUGCUGCCAUUACUUACAAUCAGAUUUGUAUUUGACUCUUUGCACGUGUGUGACUGCCCAAUAAAACACUAGCAAUGUGUGACCUCUA